AAAACCUGCAGAUAUCUAGGGACGGUAAACCAAUACCUAGUUUUUCAGCUGCUCUUUCAGUCACGCGCUGGCCCCGCUGAUGCGGCAUUUACUGCCGAAGGCCAGCAUCCAACCUAAAAGUUACUUAUCAGAUAGCUGGGGCUGGAGGCAGCGCGCCGCCGUGUGCAAUUGGGCACGCACACCAUCCUGUCUACACCAGGCGCCGGCGGCGGUUGCGUACACUUAUCCUUGCCUCAUAAAUCCAUCGCGCAAACAGUUCCCUUGGACAGCUAGCGCAGUCGUCGCCGGGGCAGAGGCGAUCAAGGGCUGGAUGGCGUCUCAGGUGGCUGCCUGUGUGGUGGACACGGCGGAGGCCUCGUCGUCGGGGCGCGAGCAUGCGACGCUGGACCGGGAGGCUUUCAAGCAGAUCCUCAACCUGGUGGCACUGCGUGUGCCUGCAAGGCAGUGCGCGGAUAUGAUGAAGGCGUUCCGAGGGUUUACGCUGGACCGGCCUCGUCUCAAAUGCAUUGUGAAUGAUGGAGACCCACCGCGCAAAGAUACAAAGCUGCUACUCCUCGAAGAGGGCGUCACGCUCGAGAGCCUCACCCUUGAGCUGCGUGGGCGCGUGGAGGCGGACAAGUUGGAGGUGCAGACGCACCAGGUGACGCUCGAGUACUCAAUGUUGUCAGCGGACGCGGUGCUCAAGAAGCUACUGCCUGAAGGCGUGGACGCGCCCAGCUCGUUUGAGACCAUCGGCCACAUCGCGCACCUCAACCUGCGCGACGAGCAGCUGCCGUACCGGCACCUCAUAGCGCAAGUGCUGCUGGACAAGAACCCGCACCUCAAAACCAUUGUCAACAAGGUGGGCAGCAUUGAGAACGAGUUCCGUGUGUUCAACAUGGAGGUCAUUGGCGGCGAGCAGCGCCUGGAGACGGAGGUGACGCAGCACGGCGCGCGCUUCAAGCUGGACUUCUCGCAGGUGUACUGGAACUCCCGGCUGGAGUCGGAGCACCUGCGGCUGGUGGGGACCAUGGAGCGCGGGCAGGUGCUGGUGGACAUGAUGGCGGGCAUCGGGCCUUUCGCGGUGCCGGCGGCGCAGAAGGGGCUCACGGUGUACGCCAACGACCUCAAUCCGCGCUCCACGCACUAUCUGGCAGUGAACGUGCGGCUGAACCGCCUAGGUGACGGCGUGCGUGUGUUUAACAUGGACGGCCGCGCCUUCCUGCGCCUGCUGUGCGACACGCCGAGCGGCCCCGCGGCGGACAUCAGGCGCCAGAAGCAACAACAGGGACAGCAGCCAGCGGAGGAGCCCAAGCAGCAGCAGGAGCCGGAACCUGUUUCUGCUGGCAUCGCCGUGCCACAGGCAGCGGCUGGGGCCGCGGCGGCUGCGGCUGCGGGCACGACGGCUGCGGCUGAGGGCGCGGCGGCAUCUCCGGCUGUAGGCCAGCCCGCCAAGCGGCAGCGCACCAAAGAGAGGGUGUUCGAGGCCCAGGGACCUGUACCGCCAGUGCCUGAGUCGUUCACACCACCGGUCGGCGGCAUCAUGUUUGACCACGUGGUGAUGAACCUGCCGGCCAGCGCCAUCGAGUUUCUGGACGCCUUCAACGGCGCCUUUGACCCGGUGGCCUGGGCGGACCGCCCGCUGCCCACCGUGCACUGCUACACCUUCAAGCGCGCCAACGAGACGGAGGCGGACAUCGUGGCCAAGGCGGAGGGCUACCUGGGCGGCCCCAUGGAGGCGGGCGCAUGUGUCGUGCACACCGUGCGCGAUGUGGCCCCCAACAAGCUCAUGCUGUGCCUGAGCUUCCGGGUGCCCAAGGCGGUGGCCUUCAACAGCCGCAGCUAGCAGGCGGGGCGCAGGCCAUGAUGAAGCUGACGCGUUUGGGGCUGGAAACGUGCGCGUUGAUAUGCUAUUGUGUCUUCCCGUGAGCCAGUCACUGAAGCCUGUGACUACUUGUGGAUGGGUAACUGGGCAAGGUGCUUCGAGAAGGAUGAAGCUGGGGUGUGCCGCGUGGAUGGUACGAUGGUAGGCACUCGGGCAUAUCUCGGAAGUGGGUCUGGUUGGACAUAUUUCUGCCGGAUCACACUGGGUGUCCCGAAAGUCAAGUUUGGUUGCGUGACUUGACACGGCCAAGCAAGCUAAACUGGCCGGCGCAUCAGUCUUGGUAGGGGCGGCCGACCCGCCCGCCGACCAAUUGUUGGACCGAGCCUGCCGUGGCAUGAAGAUGGCAGGCGCGCUGAUCGUUUCCACUGGCCGUGCCAACGCUGCCCCUCCCUACCAGCCCACAUCAGUGUAACUGUCCCCUAAC